AUGUUAUCGUCUACGCUAAGAAGAUUACUCAAUAAACAACCUGAUCAAUGGAUUAAAAGCACAUCAAGACUACUCGUAACGAAUACAAGAACGUCGCCAGCAAGAAAAUUUGAUGUAUUAGCUGGUGGCGAUUCUAAACCUCGUGUCCUUAAGCGGCCGUGUGAAGAUGCAUUUUUCCUGGCUGACGCUGGAGAUUACUAUGCUAUCGGUGUUGCUGAUGGCGUUGGUCAAUGGAGAUCUGCAGGUUAUGAUCCUACGAUAUUCCCAACAACUUUAAUGGACAAUUGUCAUCAAUUGAUGAUGACCAAGGGAUACAGCGAUCCGUUAUCUUUGUUGAAUGAUAGCUACGAUAAACUGAUACAUGAUAAACAAGUGGAAGGAGGGAGUGCGACUGUUUGUCUGCUAAUAUUAAAUAAAUUCGAAGGAACAUUGAAAUCGUUAACGUUGGGCGAUAGUAGCUUCUAUUUGGUGAGAGAUACGCAGUUACUGCACACACCAAAUUAUCAGUUAUACUCAAGAGAUGCGCCAUAUCAACUUGCUAUUGUGCCACCGUCGGCGCCGAACACAACAAUCUCUAGCAAAAUAUCCGAUGCUACCUUGAGCACAUUUGAGUUAAAAGAAAAUGAUCAUAUAAUAGCUGCAACUGAUGGUUUUAUCGAUAAUUUAUAUGAUGAAGAAUUGAUAGAAGAGUUAAAUGAUAUGCACAAUAUUAAUGACGCUCUUGGUGCUGCUCGUAUACUUUGUAGUAGAGCUUAUCAAUUGGCUAGUAGGCCUGAUAGGAUUGCACCCAGCCAUAGCAGAAGAACUGGUGGUAAAAUAAUAGAUGAUCUUGAUAUUGAAUAUGGCGGAAUUAUAGAUGAUAUUACCGUCGUUGUUGGGAUGGUAACGAAGACUUAA